AUGCAUCAUCAACAAACCAUGCUGUUGUUAGGAGAUGAAGACGAUGAUAAUAACUCUUUGUUCGGUUUGCAAAGUGGAUCAUCAUUUAACAGAUCAAACGCUUCCAUCAACAAUAGUGGCGGAAAUAGUGGUGCUUUUAAUAGUAAUAAUAAUAAUAACAACAAAUCCAAUUUCGGACUAAUAGGGAGUGGUAUCAAUACUCCUGUAGUAGGAUCUCAUCAACAUAGUGUUGGUAAUAAUUUCAAUUCAUCAUUUUCAACGAGGAUUCAAAAUAAUGUAUUUACAAGUUCAAAUCAAAGUAAUAGCGACGUGAACAAAGGCUUUCCGAUGAAUCAGGGGAGCAAUAGAGCACCCGGAUCGUCGUUAACUGCGAAUCCUUUGAUGCAACAUCCCAUCAGCAGUGAGACUUCUACAAGUCGAAGCAUUCAAGAUGGAUUAAAUAAUAGCACAGUACCAAUUAAUUCAAUGAACAGCUGGGGUUCGGGCUCGUCCUUUUAUUCUCCCUUCUCCAUUCAGCAAACAUCAUCUUCAAAUGAAUUCUUUUCAAGUACAGCUGCUCAACAUCCGUUUAAAACCUCAAACUCCUCUAACUUUCAGCAGCAACAUGCAUCACUAUUCCCUAGUAAUGUGACUACAAGAAAUAGCAAAAUUAAUAGUACAACAUCAUCAAGACUGUCUUACCUCUCAUCAACUCUUUCAUUGGCUGAAGACGAUGACGACAAGUUCAUGGGAACCACAAAUCCGCUUUAUGAGGACUCGACACAACAGCAAUCACAGCAAUAUUUAGGACGGAAUACAGUGACAUCACAUGGCUCAUCAACCUCUACAUUAUUUUCUACUUCAGGUUUGUCGAAUCAACAUCAACACACACCUCUAACACACGCCUCCUCUCCCUCUACUUCGAGCACUUCCGAGAGAACAUCUCCUGGAAACAGCAUCAGCUACAGUAAUGAAAAUACUACAACCCCAUCCCCUCCACCGCCUCAAUUUUUGUCAUCCACUCCAGAAUAUCAUAAUCGAGUAAUGGGAUCAUCAAUACCAAUAAUUGGAAAUGGAAACACGUCACAACUACCAUUCAACAAUAUCGGAGGACAGAUGAAUUUUAUACCUACUAGUUCUGCAUUUCCUCCUAAUGCAUUUCAUCAACAAGCCAUGUUUGGGAAUGUCAUGUUUAUGAACGCCAGCAAUGCAAUGCCAACUCCAACAAAUUUGGGACCACAAAUGAUGCCCAAUAUUGGAAUGGGUCCUUUUAUUCUCACUAAUCAACCAAUGGGAUUUGUUCCAAUGAGUGGAAACAGUGGAUUUGUAAAUAACUCCCAGCAGUCAUCUUUGAAUGUCAAGCAGUCAAGUACUGCAUCAUCAGACGAGAAAAAUCCAAAACCUACACAAACAAAUAAUUUGGAGAAAUCUCACUUGACAUCUCAACCAUCCACUACUAAUACAGCUGUACCUCCUCAGCAGAAUGUACCUCAAAUUUCACCCAUUCCUCCAACAGAUGAAAUUAUAAAACAACAAAACAUCAACGGAACCAAAAAUAUUGAGGAACCAAAAAACACAGGCAUCGCAAAACAAUCAAAACCUACCACUUCUAACUCAAGCACAAACCUCAAAGAAGAGAAGAUUCCUUCAAAGUCCGCCACUAAACAAUCUAAAAAGCAGAAACACAAAAACGAAGAGACCACUUCACAACCAACAAUUACUGCGGCCAAAGACACAGAGAAAACUGAACAAGAAAAGCUCGACGAAGAGCUAGCUAAAAAAUUGCAACGAGAAUUUGAAAUGGAAUAUUUAAAGAGUUUGGAUGCUGGCUCAAAUCGAAACAAGGGAUUUAUUUCUACAUCGAAAAAAAAGAAAGGAGGAGAAUCUACUGCAGAUACAAUUGAAGAUACGAAACCAUCUGCUGCUUCUUCGACAUCAUCAAGCAAUUUUUUCAGUAUUUUAGAAAGCACCUCUACCACAGAUACUCAUCUAGAUGCCAGUAAGACUGCAAAAAAAUCGACACAACCACCACAACAACCAUCUGCAUCUAAAUCUUCCAAAAAAUCAAAGAAAAAGAAAAAGGCUGCUUUAAACGAGGCGAAAGAAGCCGCAGCGAGCAAUGCAGUGGCAACAACAACGAACAUCAAUAGAGAGUUACAAAUUCAAGAGGCUAUAGAAAAUAAUUUACCCAAAGGAGACGCUUCAAAUACUACACCAACAUCUCCUCAGGAAAGCAUUGAAACAACUCAAACAAAUGUCACAGUAACAACCGAUACCAACCUAUCAUCAACGAAAAAAACAAGUUCUGAAAACUAUAACAAACCAUGCAAGGAUCAUUUUAAAGGAAAGUGUAAAUUUGGAUCUGGAAUUUGUCCAUACUCUCAUGACCGAUCAUUCUACGUCAAAUAUCAACAAGAACAUCCUGACGAAUUUCCUCCUCUUCCACAACCAAAGUCAAAGAAAAAAGAUACGUCUCAUGAAAUGGUAGAUCACACUCCUCAAAAAAAGGUCGAAGUAUGUGUGAAACAUAGCUCUGUACAAGCAUGUCCAAAUGGCAAGAAUUGCAAGUACAUUCAUUUUUCAGACAUUUCCCAGCAUGACCUCUACAGAAAAUGCUGCACAGGACACUCCGACAGAAUUUGUAAAUGUGCUCCUCAAAAUGCUUCUCCAGUGUUGUAUGUCGAAGGGGUGACCAAAUUAUCCAAAAAACAAAUGCAAGAAAUUGCAGAAAAAUCUUUCAUGAAACCAGUUGGAGUGUUUAAAAUGACAGAACAGGAACUAGUCUCAAAUUUGCCAGAACUCAAAACGUUAUCACCCAACGAGAAGAAGCAACGAAGAUUUUGCUAUAUUUUCCCAGACACUUGUGUGAAAUUUGUCAUUUCAAAGAUUGAAAGAUCAGAAGCCAAUCGCGUGAAAAAACUAUUUAACGAAACAGAGGAAGAGGAAAAUCGAAAACGAAAAGCAGAAAUGCAAGGCCAAAAGUACGAUCAAGAAAAGGACGAUGAAGCAAAUCCUACCUGGCAAAUUCUAGGUCUUAGCAGCCAUCAACAUUGCAUUUUGCGCUUUAUUGAAGAACGACUACCACUGUGCUUUGUGACUCCAGAUUGUGACCGUUACAAUGAAGGAGAACCAUUCGAUGAUGCUCUUUAUGGACAUCACAUCACUUUCAAACAGCGUCAAUCCUAUCCAACCAUUAUUGAGCGGAUCUUUGAAAUGGUGGAACCCGAUGAUGAGCCUGAGGAAGAUAUUUCUAAGGAGUUGCUCAUGAUGAUGUUGGGUAAGGUUGCUGACGCAAAGAAAAACUCUACAACAGGAUUUUUCACAAUGGGAUGUAUUGGUCCAUUUCAAAUGUAA